GGCCGGUUCACGAUUCAUGUCCGAUGUGCACAUCAAGAAGGAAUUCUUCUAUCGGUCUCAAUCUAUACUAAUAGAACUAACACCCCAUUCCAACCCAAAUCCGACAUGCGUAGAAUCUUUGCCUCUCGCGAUAAUGGGAAGCCAAAUAAGAGCAGGGAGGAGGGAGGCACAGCAAUUGGGGGCGACGAUCCACCCUCGAUAUGAAGCUGACAGGUUUCACGUAACAAAUCAAAACAAAUUCAGAACUUCAUAAGCCUUUAGGACAUACGUUUGAAGACAAAAGUAGCCUUUACUCUUGAAAUUCCCCACAGCUCCUGUUCACGUUACUCCAAGAAGAUGAUGAGUCUCGUCAAAAUCGGCGUCAGUCUCACAGUCUGUGAGCCAUGUAAGAAACGCAAGAAGAGUUGCAAUAAAGCGUUACCAAGCUGCUCGAGAUGUAGCAGGUUAUUUGCAAAAUGCUCCUAUUCUGGACAAGGUGCCGUGGCUGCAGGUCGUCCGUCUGUACUUCCGCCUUUGCACAUACUCAGUAACUCAAUUCCGGGACUGGUGGUAUCAGCAAGUCUCCCGGGAUCGUGGGACUAUCCACAUGGCAACGCUGGCCAUGCUCUCACGACCGAUAAGCAAGUGUCGUUGCAAGCUCAUAAGCUUCUCAACGCCAUCUCUCGAAAGAGCGGAGAUAUCAACAAGUUCUGCAACAUUUACUUUGGAAAGUUUCAUCAUGCCUUACCAAUUCUCAACAAGGAAGUAUUCUACUGGCAACUCCAGAAUUUGCCAUCGGAUUCUCACUUCUCUGCCCUGGUCUUGGCCAUGUAUCUCAUAUCUCAAAUGGUCUCUCAAUCGAACUCGGAUGAACACCGAUUUGAUCUAUAUCCUACCCUGAAAAGCAUCCACUCUCUUUUACAGUCCACGGGCAAUGUUUCACAUGAGCUCAUUCAAGCUGGGAUUCUGAUAAGUUCAUUUGAGUAUUGCCAAGCGCUCUUUCAAGAAGCCUGGAUCACGAUAGGGACUUGUGUUCGAAUGGCGCAGAUCUUGGGUUUGCAAGAGUCGAUUCGUAAGCCACUAUCGAAAGAUCCAGACUCGCCUACUAUGCUAGAGACUGACCGCUGUAUAUGGUGGGCCAUUGUCAUCGUUGAAAGGAAUAUUAACAGUGCCUGGAAGAAAAGCGAGCUUCCAUGCGCAGCUGCCCCCCCACAACUUGAGGACUUCCUACCCCUGACUCCCACAGGUGAAGACCGGCUCCGUGAGGACCUCAUUCUACCACAAGAUUUAGAAGUGGCAUGGUCGACAAGUGGUCCUCUCAAUCGAAAUUUUACCAAAUUUGGAUCAUUUGCUGCCACUGUUCAGUCUACGUAUCUUGCUGGACUUGUCGUUCGCCAUGUUCAAGAUGACAGUCGAGAUGCCCCCACGAGGAAGAAUGAUGCGGCCCGACUUGAGGGUGCACUUCAGUCGUAUUUAUGUGCAUUAAUCCCGCCUGCUGGAGAAGCAAAAGGCAGUUACUGCGGUGCUUUCGGAAUCCGCACAUGUAUGGCAUACUACUUUCACGACCACGAAUUCGAGUUUGCCUCUAAAACAGGGGACACGAUCGGUGCCUCGCGUGCAAGAUUAGCAAUCCAAUCCAUGGUCCGCACAUCCAUCAGCAUGACACGAGUGGGCUACACUGGAUCUCCUAUCGACUUCCAUGGAUUGGCCUACUGGUCACAUCGGCUCGUACCAGAUACUGCGAUGAUGCAUAUCAAAUAUGGAGAACGAGACGAUGACUGGCAAUCAGGACUCGACCUUAUGAAGUUCUACCUUUGUGGCCUCGAGCCCAGGUUCAAAUUAUACGCCAACUACCUGCGAGACAUUGAAGGGGCAGAAGAAGCGGCAAGAAUGGGCUAAUCUUGCAAAAACACAGCGCUCAGGGCGAUUAUCGAAGCCAAAGUAUUACACAGCAACUCCACUCAGGCCGGCACCUUCUCCGCAGGCCGGAUCAGAAACUCCUUGAGCUCUGCAAAACCCUUGAUAACCUCGUCCUUCUUCUCAGCCCACUCCUUCACGCUAUCUUGACCCAGCUUCCCUUGGCUAGCUUGCACCAUAUCCCAUGCCAUGCCACCAGUAAUAGGCUCAUUUUUCGCAAACGCCAGCAUUGGUCGUGUCUCAACAACAUGGACAUACAUCGAUUCCAGGGUAAUCUUCAAGCUAUCGCUAGCCUUGUCACCUCCCAUUAUUCCAUAGCUUAUGAUCAGGAACGGUUUCCCUUUGAUCUCGUUGUAGAGAUAGUCGAUUGCAUUCUUGACAGCUCCUGGUGCGCCGGCAUUCUGGAAGGAACAGAGAUCAGCACAUGUGCAACGGGAGUAUCAAUAGCUAGAACUUCCAAUCAAGAAAACGAAGGGAAAUUAGAUUUUGCCCUACAUAGCACGCUGUUACAAGUACAUAUCCAUCAUACUUGGCAAUCCCAGCGCUCCAAGCUUUGCUAUGCUCAUGAGCGAACUGCGCCAUAAACGGAACAGUGGCUGGGAUGACCUCUUCGUCAAACACCGGGAGCUUGAAGGAAGCGAUGUCGACUUCGGAAAGCGUGAACUUGACCGCUCCAGGAGAUUGUAGGAUAAAUCACAC